CUCGGCGCGGAGCUCAGCGGCGGCCAGAAGCGCAAGCUGUCGACGUCCAUCGCCCUCGCCGGCGGGUCGCGCUUCAUCAUCCUCGACGAGCCGACGGCGGGCAUGGACCCCGUCGCGCGGCGCGAGCUCUGGACGCUCCUGCGGUCCGUGCGCGUCGGGCGGUCGCUGCUGCUGACGACGCACCACAUGGACGAGGCGGAGGCUUUGGGCGACCGCGUCGCCAUCAUGUCGUCGGGCAAGAUCCGCACGUGCGGCACGGUGCCGUUCCUCAAGCGGACCUUCGGC